CACAUGAGGCGGACAGUAAGGCUGUAGGGUCAGGGGGGCGGGAGGAAGUAAGGGCAUUGAGAGAUAGAGGAGUAUACAGCCUGGCAGCACAGCUGGCCGCUCCGUCAGCUCCAGUGCGCUUGCGCGCGCUGGAGGCGGGUCAUCGCACCAGGUCCGUACUGCUCCGUGAAGGUCCCCGGACGAGCCCCGUCCCCGGGAUCCUCGCCUUCAUCGCGGCACAGGAUGAUGAUGUCAAGUUGGGGCACGUCGACGCUGAUGAAAACAACGUUACAAUGAUGUGAACGCGGUUUAGCGCGACCACUCCAUUGAAGGAUACGCUCGCCGAGGGUGUGCGUGUGGUGACAGUAGCGUAACAAGGAGCCUUCUGCUGUUCCUCCUCGGUUCUCGUCGACGUCGACUUCGAGAAGCGGCCGAGCGCGGCUCCAGAGGUCUCACGCCGGACGUAUAUUUAAUGUAAAAAGCAAUCGGUCGGACCACCGUGGUUGCCGGUGCAACGAUAAAGGUAACAUGCUCAUCGGAAAAAUUGGGUCGCCCUUCGCGGCCGCGGUUUCUUCGAGAUGGGGUCGAUAUCAGUUGGAAAAAUACAAAGUGACGUGAGACAGGAGUGUUGACACAAUGCGUGUAUGUCCUGUGAAAAUUGUGUGCCCUGAGCGUGUGAUUUGUGCCGAAAAAAAUCUCUUGAUUAUUCACGAUGGCGAACGAAAGAUUGGAUCUGGACAAGCCCUUGUGGGAUCUCAACAAUUUCGUGGGAAGAUGGAAAUACUUUGCGUGGAUGACCGACUUCCGUACUUGCAUCGAACCCGAAUCAGAAUUACUAGCUGCUAAAAAGUUGUGCGAACAAUACAGGCUUGGCAAGGAGCCAGCCGAUACGACGAGAGAGCAAGUCAUUUAUGCGAAGAAGCUGUACGAGUCAGCCUUUCAUCCCGACACCGGCGAACUGCAAAAUGUCUUCGGUAGAAUGUCUUUCCAAGUGCCAGGAGGAAUGGCUAUCACCGGCGCUAUGCUCCAAUUUUAUAGAACAACGCAAGCGGUGGUUUUUUGGCAAUGGGUCAACCAAUCUUUUAACGCUCUCGUUAAUUACACCAACAGAAAUGCUAAUAGUCCUAUAACCACCUAUCAGCUAGGUGCAGCUUACGUUAGUGCCACUGCCGCGGCGAUGAUAACCGCGAUAGGAUGUAAAUCAUAUUGGCAGAAACGUGCAAGUCCUUUGAUGGCUAGGUACGUUCCGUUCGCAGCAGUGGCGGCUGCUAAUUGCGCUAACAUCCCUCUAAUGAGGCAGAACGAAAUCAAAAGUGGUGUGGAUCUCAUUGACGAAGAUGGUAGAAAACUUGCGAAAUCAAAGCUAGCAGCCGUGAAAGGCAUUAGUCAAGUCGUUAUUUCAAGAAUCAUCAUGUGCGCACCCGGCAUGCUCAUCCUGCCACCCAUAAUGGAAAGAUUGGAGAAAUAUGCGUGGAUGCAAAAAAUUAAACCUCUGCACGGGCCUAUACAAAUUUUGAUGUGCGGAGUUUCACUAACGUUUAUGGUGCCAACGGCAUGUGCAUUGUUUCCGCAAAAUUGUUCCAUCAAGACGUCAACUCUGCAGCGCUGGGAGCCAGAAAACUAUGAGUUGCUGAAGAAAAAUUGCGAAGCUGGUGAAAUACCGAGGUAUUUGUAUUUUAACAAGGGAUUAUAAUGUUAUGAAAAAUGUUAAAAACUGUAUCUUAAAUAAGUUGUUAUGCCAUCCUUUGUAAGUGUCAUUGUUCCAAUUGACGCACUCGUCAAACAUUUCUGCUGGAUCAGAAACGCGCAUAUAAUUAAUAGAUUAUUAACAAUUAGAGUCUAUCCUUUCGUCAAUUCUUUCAUGUGAUUUGAAAUAUUGCAUUUUGAAUACAAUGUCCCGCACUGAGAUUAAUAAUAAUAUUAGGAUUUAGACACAAAAUAUAAUACUGAUAAAAAAAAAUUCCGUCGACACGUUGAAAUAUCAUACAAUAAAUAGUCGAGAAUCAUAAUAAAUAUGAUAAAUAUAAAAAGGAUGCAACGUUGACAAUAGACAGAUUUAGUGCUUUAUCGAAAUGUCACACAUAGUCGCAAUUAUAAAUCUUGGCAAUAAUUUUAUUUUAAUAAGCGCUCAAUGAUUUCUCUCAGGCAUCUUAAUGUUAAUUUAAAAGUUCCCUAUGUUUUUAACCCUAUGUUAUAAACAUUACUUUCUGUGCAGAAUAAUUUUAAGCACUAAGAUAUUACUUAAUAUUAUUGUUAAUAGUAUUAUCUGCCUUGCAUUUUCAACUGUCAAAAGUAAAAAUGCUGCCAUAUCUAAUGAUACGAUAAAAAAUUUGCUACGUA